UUGGUUGUUUUUGUAAAAACCUGUCCACUACAGGAAGGAAACAUCUCUCCCCAGAGUGGAGAGACUCUUAGCAGACACAGUUGAGCUGAAGAGGAAACCAUGUCCAUCUUCUUCAACGCUACAAAUUUGAAGCAGGUCCAACUAAGAAUUGCAUGGCCACCACAGAUAUCCCCAUGUUUGUGGGAGGAUACCAGCAUUUUUGUGCAAUUUGGUUUCCUUGGAUUCAUACUGCUGCAUAUGCUAAGGACCUUUAUUCUGUCACAAUGGAAAGGAGGAAAGAAGGCCUCAAUAACAGUAGAGAAGAGCCCUGCUGGUGUAAAACUAAAACUUGGCCUCUCCUACAAGUGCAGCCUUGUUUGUUCCACGUUGUCACUGGUCGCUCAUCUAGUACUAUUAUCGGUGCCAGAGAACAAGACGGAGGCUCACUGCAAAUCCAGAGUCCCGGUUCUUUCAGCAGAGAUUUUGCAAGUAAUAUCAUGGGCAGUCACAUUGGUUCUACUAUAUAGAAGCAGGAAAAAUGUGAAGUUACCUUGGAUCCUGAGAAUGUGGUGGAUUUCCAGCUUCUUGUUGUCUUUGGCUCGUGCAACUAUGAAUGCUCAUUCGUUGAUUACGAAUCAUGGGUCACUCGGGCUGCAUGAAUAUGCUGAUAUUGUUGGUCUUAUAGUAUCUGCCUGCUUACUAGGUAUUUCAAUUCAAGGGAAGACCGGCACAGCUCUUGACAGCUCAAAUGAAGGCAUCACAGAACCCCUUCUCGGUGAAAAGUAUUCUUCAGAUGGCAGAAGGGACAGUCCGUAUGGAAAAGCUACUCUUGUUCAGUUAGUCACCUUCUCUUGGCUCAAUCCGCUCUUUGAAGUAGGGAAAAAGAAACCACUCGACCAGGAUGAAGUUCCUGAUGUUUACAUCGGGGACUCUGCUGCUUUUCUAUCGAGUUCCUUCGAUGAAAGCCUGAAAUAUGUAAAGGAAAGGGAUGGGAUGAUGGAAAACCCAUCUAUCUAUAAGGCUAUUUAUGUAUUCGGAAGGAAAAAGGCAGCGAUCAACGCUUUGUUUGCAGUUAUUAGUGCAUCGACAUCUUAUGUUGGGCCAUACCUCAUCGACGACUUUGUGACUUUCCUUGCUGAAAAGAAAUCCCGGAGCUUACAGAGUGGAUAUCUUCUGGCAUUGGGUUUUCUUGGUGCCAAGAUGGUCGAGACUGUAGCUCAAAGGCAGUGGAUAUUUGGAGCUCGUCAGCUAGGCCUUCGGCUAAGAGCAGCUCUUAUAUCUCAGAUAUACCAAAAGGGACUUGUCCUGUCAAGCCAAUCGCGCCAAAGUCACACCAGUGGGGAGAUUAUCAAUUUAAUGAGUGUUGAUGUUCAGAGAAUUACAGAUUUCAUGUGGUACCUUAACAUAAUCUGGAUGCUGCCGAUCCAAAUAUCAUUAGCAAUCUAUAUUCUGCAUAUGAAUCUGGGAAUGGGCUCACUGGUGGCAUUAGCUGCAACACUGGUAGUGAUGACUAUCAACAUACCUGUGACUAAGAUUCAGAAGGGGUAUCAAACAAACAUCAUGGAAUCCAAGGAUGAAAGGAUGAAAUCCACCGCAGAAGUUCUUCGAAACAUGAAAACAAUCAAGCUUCAGGCAUGGGACAAUUUCUUUCUUCAGAAGCUUGAGAGUUUAAGAAAAAUCGAGCAUAGUUGGCUCUGGAAAUCACUGAGAUUGUCAGCACUAACAGCUUUUAUCUUUUGGGGAUCCCCAACGUUUAUUUCUGUUGCAACUUUUGUUGGGUGCGUCAUAAUGGGGAUUCCACUCACAGCCGGGAGAGUCCUGUCUGCGCUUGCUACAUUCCGGAUGCUUCAAGAUCCUAUAUUCAAUUUGCCCGAUUUACUCUCCGUGAUUGCACAGGGAAAAGUGUCUGCUGAUAGAAUUGCUGCUUACCUGCAAGAAGAUGAGAUUCCACAUGAUGCAGUUGAAUUUGUUCCAAAACACACAACAGAAUUUGGAAUCGAGAUCAAUAGUGGGACAUUCAGCUGGAAUGCAGAAUUAGGAAACCCAACGCUUGACAGAAUACAAUUACAAGUGAACAGGGGAAUGAAAGUGGCAGUUUGUGGCACUGUUGGAUCAGGGAAAUCCAGUCUGCUUUCCUGCAUCCUAGGAGAAAUGCCAAAGUUAUCAGGGAAUAUCAAGAUUAGUGGAACAAUGGCUUAUGUUCCUCAGUCUCCCUGGAUACUAACAGGAAAUAUUAGAGAAAACAUUCUUUUCGGCAAAUCCUAUGACAGAGACAAGUAUGAGAGAACAGUAGAAUCAUGUGCCCUCAAGAAGGAUUUUGAGCUAUUCUCUGCUGGUGACCUUACUGAAAUCGGAGAAAGAGGGAUAAAUAUGAGCGGGGGACAGAAGCAAAGAAUACAAAUUGCUCGUGCUGUUUACCAGGAUGCUGACAUAUAUCUGCUCGAUGACCCCUUUAGUGCUGUGGAUGCUCAUACAGGCACACAUCUCUUUAAGGAAUGCUUGAUGGGGUUUCUCAACAACAAGACCAUAAUUUAUGUCACUCACCAAGUUGAAUUUCUUCCUGCAGCUGAUCUCAUUCUGGUCAUGCAAAAUGGCAGAAUUGCACAGGCUGGUAAAUUUGAAGAACUUCUAAAGCAUAACAUUGGAUUUGAAGCUCUAGUCGGAGCUCACAACCAAGCUCUAGAGUCAAUCUUAGCAGUAGAAAACUCAAGCAGACCAUCCGAAAAUGCAACCACAAAUAGUGAAUUUGACACUGAUACUAACGUAGAUGCAGAAUUUCCAUAUAUUAAACAGGAUUCAGAACAUAAUCUCAACAUUGAGAUAACAGAGAAGGAUGGAAAACUGGUGCAGGAGGAAGAAAGAGAAAAAGGAAGCAUAGGAAAGGAAGUUUAUUUGUCUUACUUGACUAUUGUGAAGCGUGGUGCUUUUGUUCCAGUAAUCCUUCUAGCCCAAUCUUCUUUCCAAGGCCUACAGGUGGCAAGUAACUAUUGGAUGGCAUGGUCUUGUCCUACAGGCGAUGAAGAUCCCAUAGCUGCAAAAAUGAAAUUCAUAUUAUCCAUUUAUAUAAUUCUUUCGGUUGGAAGUGCACUUUGUGUGCUACUCCGUUCUACACUAGUGGCUAUAACAGGCCUUCGGACAGCAGAAAAGCUCUUCAGAAACAUGCUGCACAGUAUGCUUCGUGCACCUAUGGCAUUCUUUGAUUCUACUCCAACUGGAAGAAUUUUAAAUCGGGCAUCCACAGACCAGAGUGUGCUUGACUUGGAGAUGGCUACCAAAUUAGGUUGGUGUGCUUUCUCAGUAAUUCAGCUUCUUGGGACAGUUGCCGUCAUGUCACAGGUGGCAUGGGAAGUAUUUGCCAUCUUCAUUCCAGUAACAGCCGUCUGUGUCUGGUAUCAGCAAUACUACAUACCUACUGCAAGGGAAUUGGCUCGUUUAGCAGGAGUAGAAAGAGCUCCAAUUCUUCACCACUUUGCAGAAUCACUCUCGGGAGCAGCAACAAUCCGUGCUUUUAACCAAAACCCCCGCUUUGUUGAUGCUAACCUUUGUCUCAUUGACAACCACUCAAGGCCAUGGUUUCACAAUGUUUCAGCUAUGGAAUGGCUUUCUUUCAGACUGAAUCAGCUUUCUAAUUUUGUCUUUGCUUUCUCUCUGGUUUUGCUCGUUACACUUCCUGAAGGAAUUAUAGAUCCAAGCAUUGCAGGAUUGGCAGUAACAUAUGGCAUAAACUUGAAUGUGUUACAAGCUUCAGUUAUAUGGAAUAUUUGCAAUGCAGAAAAUAAAAUGAUAUCUGUAGAGAGGAUCCUCCAGUACUCAAAUCUAGCCAGUGAAGCGCCUAUGCUGAUUGAAGAUUGCCGACCACCUGAUAACUGGCCAGAUACUGGAUCAAUUUCUUUCCAGAAUUUGCAGAUACGCUAUGCUGAGCAUCUCCCUUCCGUGUUGAAACAUAUUACCUGCACCUUUCCAGGGAGUAAGAAAAUUGGUGUUGUUGGAAGGACUGGAAGUGGUAAAUCGACCCUCAUUCAGGCCAUUUUCCGGAUUGUAGAGCCCAGAGAAGGAAGCAUUAUCAUUGAUGAUGUGGAUAUAUGCAAGAUAGGCCUUCAUGACUUGAGGUCAAGACUUAGCAUCAUUCCCCAAGAUCCUACACUGUUUGAGGGAACAGUUAGAGGAAACCUAGAUCCAUUAGAACAACAUUCUGACACUCAAAUCUGGGAGGCUCUGGACAAAUGCCAACUAGGUGAUAUCAUACGUGCAAAGCCUGAAAAGCUGGAAUCUACAGUGGUUGAAAACGGAGAGAACUGGAGUGUGGGCCAAAGGCAGCUGUUCUGUCUUGGAAGAGCCUUGUUAAAAAAGAGCAGCAUCCUAGUUCUGGAUGAAGCAACAGCAUCGGUCGAUGCAGCAACUGAUGCAGUGAUUCAAAAAAUAAUCAGUCAAGAGUUCAAAAACCGGACUGUGGUCACUAUAGCUCACAGAAUCCACACGGUCAUAGAUAGUGAUCUUGUCCUGGUCCUCAGUGAAGGUAGAGUAGCAGAAUUUGACUCACCAACAAAGCUACUGGAACGGGAGGAUUCUUUCUUCUCAAAACUGAUAAAGGAGUACUCUAUAAGAUCAAAAAGUUUAACAGCUUAGCUGUGUUCCCAAAUUUCUCUAAAUUAUGUUUUGGGGGGUCAGUCCCAUGACAAAACCAUAAUGGAAGUAGCAACACUACAUAUGUUGCAACAGGGGAGGCCGUGCAAAUAUGUCUCUGAAUUUUGCCAGUAGAUAAGCAAAUGAGAGAAUGUAUAUUCUUAAGUUCAGCUCAAUGUUCCAAAUAAGUUUUGUACUAAGGAGAGUAUUCAUAGAAUUCAAAUACUAUGAAAUGAUUAAUAUUUUAAUACCCUUGGCAUUAAGUUCUUUAACAUAUAAUCAGAAUUCUUUAGCUA